CUGUAUCUUGGCGAACGAAUUGCCCGUGGUUCGGUUCGGUAUAUAAAGCAGCAUCGAUCGGAGCUUUUGGGGUUUUUAGUGUGUUCUUCCUACACUGCUUUACAAGCGACUUGGAAAAGGUUUUGAGCAGGAUUUUUGACAUUUUUUUCUGGUAAUAUCGCCUAUCAACAGCCGCAAAAAUGAUGCGACCACAUUAUGGAGAUUAUGACCGCGACUACGCACGCGGACGUGGCCGAGAAAUGGACAUUUUCGACCCUUUUGGCUUUACUGGCGACAUGCAGGAUUUCGAUCGCCAGUUCCGCCACAUGAACCGUGAUUUCAACCGAUUGGAGCGUCAACUGUCUCGCGGAUCUGGCACAAAUCUUGGGUCUCUUGUUGACCGCUCCUAUCCGGUUAUGCCACAUUUUGUCGAGGAGAAUGGUCGCAAGUUGGCUCGCUUCCACUUCGAUGUUGGUGGCUUCAAGCCGGAGGAUGUUUCAAUUAAAACUGCCGACAACAAGGUCAUCAUCACUGCCAAGCAUGAGGAUAAGGGCGAGGAUCAUCAUGCCAUUCGCGAGUUCCGCCGUAUGGUGCAGAUUCCCCAGGGUAUGCAGUUCGAGCAGAUGAAAUCUCGUUUGACCCCGAAUGGUGUGCUGACCAUCGAGGCACCCUUCAAUCCACCGGCCAUUCAGCAGAACCAGCAUCAUGAGAUCCCUAUCACCCAUGAGACCCGCAAGUGAUCGAGUUCCUUACGCGGUAGCCAGCUGAGGCUGUUGUCACUGAACUUGGAAUCCUAUCCUGUCUUACAUUUCCCUGUUUAUGAUCACAAUUAAUGCGCGCAUUAAUUAGCAUCUCGCUCUUUCGCACUGUUUUUUUAGUUAAUUUUGUCCUUGUGGAAGUUCGAUAAUGGUGGUGUUCGUUCCCAACCGGUUUUCUCACAUUUAAUUCGUCUGCACAUGUAUGAAGAUAUGCGAAUUAAAAUUUUGUCAAGAUUGU